AAUAAAAAUACAGCAUUUAUUCAGCAUUGAUUGCAGUUGGUUUGUUGAAUGUACCCCAUACCGUGGAGAAAGUGAAACAGCAAUCUGAUUGGUCUGCACAAAAAAAAAAAAAAAAAAAUCGCCCGCGCGAGCUGUCUAGCAACGAUCAAGAAAAAAGAGAGCGCAAAUAAACAGUGCAAACUCGAGAAGUGAGGCGAGUACAUUUUUGAUGAGUGAUUAAAGUCUGCAAGGUGGUUGAUUGUGUUGUAGAUUUGCCUUGGAAAUGGACAGUGACAGUGCCGAAGACGUGCAGGCAGAGCUGGACUCUGUGGAGGCCGAGCUGGAGGUGGUGGAGCUGCAGAUAGCUGAGCUGCUGGAGAAGCAGGCUAGCCUGACCUCCAAGAAGAAACAGCUGCUCUGCAGGCUGGAAGAGCCAUGUGACUCCACCCAGCCCUCUGGAUCUGGACCUGCAAUGACCAAGCAGGAGCUGCUGCGCUAUGAGAAUGAUGAUUUCUCGUGGUCAACAGAGCUGGAGCAGAAUCUGAAGGAUGUGUUCCAGCUCUCUAAGUUCCGUGCUCUCCAGCUGAAGGCCAUCAACCUUAGUAUGUCUGGUAAAGACCUCUUCCUAGUGAUGCCCACUGGACGAGGGAAAAGCCUCUGCUAUCAGCUACCUGCAGUCUGCUCUGAGGGUUUCACUCUGGUAGUAACUCCUCUAGUUUCUCUGAUGGAGGAUCAGCUCAUGUACUUAAAGUCCAUCGACGUUGAAGCCGUCUCUCUCAACGCAUCCAGCAGUAAGGAACAUGCUAAAAUGGUCCUAGCUGAGAUGACGGACGCCAAAGCACCUUUCAAGCUGCUGUAUGUGACUCCAGAGAAGAUCGCGAAGAGCAAGCUGCUGAUGUCGAGGCUGGAGAAGGCCUACAAUGCAGGCAGGCUUAGCCGUAUUGCUGUGGACGAGGUGCACUGCUGUAGCCAGUGGGGACAUGACUUCAGACCUGACUACAAGCUCCUGGGGAUCCUGAAGAGGCAAUUCCCAAAGGUUCCGUUGCUAGGGCUGACGGCCACGGCAACCAGCAGUGUUCUAAAGGACUGUCAGAAGAUCCUGUGUGUCCCUGAGCCAAUCACACUCACCGCCUCCUUCAACCGCACCAACCUCUACUACGAGGUACGCCUUAAAGACUCGAUCAGUGAUGAUUCAAUCAGUGACAUCUCCGCACUGAUCAAGGAGAGAUAUAAGGACCAGUCAGGGAUAGUGUACGUGUUUUCCCAGAAGGAUGCGGAGACGGUGUCAGCAGACCUACAGAAGAAAGGCGUCAAUGCAUCUUCAUACCACGCUAACAUGAAUCCAGAGGACAAGUCACAGGUUCAUCGCAAAUGGGCCACCAACAAGAUCCAGGUGGUGGUAGCUACUGUGGCGUUCGGGAUGGGGAUCGACAAGGCUGACGUCAGAUUUGUCAUCCAUCACACCAUCAGCAAGUCCAUAGAGAACUACUAUCAGGAGAGUGGACGAGCAGGCAGAGACGAUAAGCCGGCUGACUGCAUUGUGUACUUUGGCUUCAACGACAUCUUCAGGAUCAGCACCAUGGUUGUCAUGGAGAAUGUAGGACAACAGAAGCUGCUGACCAUGGUCGACUACUGUCAGAAUGUAGACAGGUGUCGGCGCUCAGUGAUCGCUGUUCACUUUGAUGAGGUUUGGGACGAUGAAGGAUGCAACGAGAUGUGUGACGUCUGUCGCCAUGGCAAUGACUACAUCACAGUGGACAUCACGCAGCAUGCUAAAGAUGUGGUCCAGAUUGUGGAACUGGCGGGCACUCUGGAUGAGAAACUGACCCCCCUGAAGGUGACCGAGGCGUGGAUGGGGAAGGGUCCGGCCAAACGCAGGAAGAUGAUCCAGACCACCACCCUGUCUCGCCUGGAGGUCGAGGCCAUCAUCACAAGCCUACUGCUGCAGGGCUACCUCAGUGAAGACUUCAGUUUCACUCCGUACACCACCUACUUCUACCUGAAGCUGGGUCGUAAGGCACCCCUGCUGAAGAACCAGAGUCACUCCAUCACCAUGAAGAUGAGGAGGACAGGCCUGGACGCCAACACGGAGGACCAAUUAGCUGCUGGAGUUAAAGAGGUGGUGGUGACCUCCCAGUCUCCUCCUCCCAUUGCCCCCAAUGACAGCAGCACUCCCCCUCCCAGACACAACAAACUGAUCAAGAUGGAUAAAGAGCAGCAGAAUCUGGCCAGGAAACAAGACAAGGACCAUGACCAGACAGAAAGUCAGACAGGGUAUGACCAGAAUGACCCUGCUGCUGGCCAGCCCACUGCCAUUGAAGUAGACGUAGAGAUCAAUAUUAUAGAGAAAGUUAAUGACAUCGAAUCCCCGCUACCACCAUUAAAACUAAAUUCAAAACCUAAAUCAACAACCCCUCAAAAGAAGCGAAGGAAACCCUGUACUGCUGCGUGCCCAGCUCCUUCAGAAGGUGCAGUUACAGACUCUGACCACCGGAGGCCAGCAUUGGUCAACUCUCCCUCCCAGGUCUCCAUCAUCUCUGAGGCUGCAGUGGAGGAGCUCUGUGACCUGAGGAACUACUACAGCAACCAGCUGAGGCGGAUAAACUACAUUUCCCAUGAGUACUUGCAGAAUCAGGGGUGCUCAGACCCAGGGGUGCUGGCCUGUAUCAGAGAGCCACUAAAGAGCCUGCGCCUCCCCCGUGGCUCAACCAUCGCCCGGACGGCACGCAACCUGUGGACCAGAGUCAGCUCCAGAAGGAAACUCAUCCAAAGAUGAAUCUUGACCUUCCCUGGGACAGUUAACAUUCAGAUGUGGACAAUACUGUAUCUCUCUUUCACGUCUCACUUUGCCAGACCUAGAGCCCUGGGGCAGACGAGUCUACUUUUUUCUGUACCACUUGAUGUUCUAUUUUUCUGGAUUGGCUGUGACAGAGAAUAUCCCCAUCCAAGUUAGUUUGUAAUAUUUUACGGUUGGAUCAAUACCACUGUUAGCCUAAGAUGAAGAGCUGUUUUUGCUGACAUUUCAAUAUUUUACUUUGGAUAAACUAACUCACAUGAACUGAAAGGUUUGUUGAACUGAAGAAUGUUUUCACAAUGUAUUAUGUCACUUUUUUUAUAUUCGAGCAUAUCCUAAUCUAACAGCCACAAUGUGCACGCUAGUGAAUUUGAUUCACUCUAAUACGUUUUAUAAUACUGCACUGCAGCUUUGGAAUAAGAAGGUCCAUUCACAUUUGAGGAACACAGUAUAUAUCUUUAGCUAUCAUUAAUAAAAAUCUGAUUUUAAAAUGUAAA